AUGGUCACCGGACCGUCGCCUCAGGACCCAUUGAGCCGGACGUUGCGAAGUCCAUCAAGCAUCGAAUCGCCCUGCAUCGCAUCCGGCCGGGACUUCUCACGCUCCUCAUACGACACGAACCUGCGCUUUCCAGGAUCCCCUCCCAUUGUCGCUGCUGAUGUAUUGUUAGCGUUCGCGGCUGCAAUUUCUCUGCACGUCGGCCUCGUCCUCGUUCUCUUUCCGUUUGCCAACUUGGGGUCGUCCUUGGUCUUCCUUGACCUCGACCUCGACCUCAUCCUUGACCUUGGCUCCCUCGCCCGUUCAUCCACCCCUCCUUGA